AACGGCUUAUCGAUUGACUUAUAAACAGAAGCAUUUAAAGGGUCACAUGCGCCAGGUCUACUGCACUACUGCACUAGACCAGAAAAGUCUGAAACAGGGCAGACCAUCGCGAUCAGACAGUGGUGUGUAUAAAGCAUCGUGUUGGACCACUCGUUACCAGGAAUACACACAGAGAGAGAAGAGAGAGACAUGCUGCUAGCCAUUAUUCUUAUAGUGUGCUGGAUCGAUGUUUUACUGGCAGACUCAGGACCACAUUUAUCCAAUGACUGGGGUGAAGUUGUGCGCCUGCGGCACCUGUACGCAGCCAAACCCGGACUGCACCUGCAGAUCAGACAAGACGGAAAGAUCGGAGGAUCGCAUGAGCAGACCUCGCUCAGUUUGGUGGAGAUUCGCAGCGUCGGUACUGGUUAUGUGGUUAUUAAAGGUGUUGCGAGCUCCCAGUAUCUGUGCAUGGAAGCCAACGGGAAACUGUACGGCUCACACAUCUUUGUUAAGGAUGACUGCUUGUUUCUGGAACAAAUUCUACCAGAUGGCUACAACAUUUACAUGUCAGGCAAACAUGGAACCAUUGUAAGCUUGGGUGGUGGAAAGAACCGACGGCAAAGUGCCCUUUCACAGUUUCUGCCCAUGCUCAAUAUGUUGUCACAAGACCCUGCAGAAUACACCUCAACAGAAGUGCAUUCUCCAGUUGACCCAGAACAGGAUCUUCACUUAGGUGUACAAGCAAAUAGCAUGAAAUCCUUUGGAAAGAUCUCCCAGAUUGUCAUUCAAAGCCCAAGUUUUAACAAAAGAUGAGAAUAGCAUAGAGACCAUCAAAAGAUCUGACUUGAAGAUCAAUUUCCUAUGCAGAGGCAAGAGGCUGAACGGUACCAGCCUGGCCUGAAAGCAGAGCCCAAAUGAACAGACAGAACUCACAGACGAUGGCAAGAGGAGGAUCAGAUUUCCCAAAGAUCAAUUUCCAUGACUGAUGAUGGGGUUAGAGAGCUUUGAUGUAAACAUCUCCAAAUGUUAAGGCUAAAAAAAGUCUUCUGUUUUGCAUCAGCUUCAGUUUAGAUUUAUAUGUUUCUGAUGAUAAACUUUACUGCAAUGUAAAGAUUCUGAUUAUUAUUGUAAAAGUUUUAUACAUCUUGUGAUGACUGGAAUUUGUACUUGCAUUUAUCUGUGGCUGCAUUUAAUGAAGAUGCCAAAAAAUUAUAUUAAAGGUUUACCUUUUGAAAACACAUUUUAAAUGUUAUCUUCUACUUCCAGCCUUUUUAUGGAUUUGUUUGUGUUUAUGGGACAUUUCAUAAAAAGACACAUCUAACUCAGGUAAAACUGCUGUUUACUAAUGCCUUUAUUCUAGUAAGAGUCAGUUGGUCUGCUGUCACUCAGAAACAUGCAAACAGAAGACACACAUUUAAACACUUAUACUGACUGAGUGUGUUAUAGUGUAGCCAAUAUGUCCUCUGCAUGCUUUUGGUAGGUUGAAGGAACCAUAGUACAAAAGGAAACCAUGUGGACAUGAAGACCUUGUGAAACUCCUCACAAUAAUCACUUACUGCAAUGCUGAUUAUAGAAAUAUUUUUAAUAUAUAUGUAGUACAAACUAAACAAAAUUAAAAACAUACGGGCAACACUCUGUACGUAGUUAGUAUGUCUACAGCAAGUCAAGUGCCAUUAGAAUUGGAAUGGCAUGAAUUGUAAUUAUGAAAUGUAUUUGCACACAACACACAUGUAAUCACACAACCAACACACAACAUUGUAUUUACGAUGAGACAUUGGUGCCAGCUUACCAACAAAUUCCCAACAGGUUCUACCUUUCUUGUUGCUAUCAAUAAACACGUUUGGUAAAAAUGA